AUGCACAAUGUUCUUGUUCAAAAUGAUAAAAUACAAGUAGAACUGGUUCAAAAAAACGGUAUACCAUUGUUAAUCGAUUGUGCAUGUGAAUCAAAAUUUGAUGCAAUGACCAUUCAACAACCAUCUUUGGAAAAUUUAUUGACAAUGGCAUUUGUUCCAAAUGCUGCUGAAAUACUAAUAAAUCAUCCAGAUUUUAUUCAAUAUGUAAAACAGAAACUAUUAACAUCAUCAGAUAAUACUGAGCUAAAUGUAGCUGAUGGUUUAAUGUGGAAAUUGAAAAAAGAACCAGAAAAAUUAUUAAAAGAGAAAGAACAUAACUCAUCUGAGAAUGCUGGAAAAAAGUUUGAAUACGAUAUAAUGUUGAGUUAUUCACAUAUCGAUAUGGAAAUGUGUGACAAAAUAUAUAAUCGUCUGACAAACGAUAAAUUUAAAGUUUGGCGUGAUAAAGUAGAAAUGUAUGGCUCAUAUAUGGACCGAAUGGCUGAAGGUGUUGAAACAUCAGAAUUUGUAGUUAUUUUAAUGUCAGAUUCAUAUAAAAAAAGUCAAAAUUGUCGAGCCGAAGCAAUAUAUGCACGUGAAAAUAAACGUCAUAUAAUACCGUUAAAAAUUCAAGAAGAUUAUAAACCAAACGGUUGGUUAGGCAUUCUAGUAGCCGAUUUAAACUAUGUUAAUUUUGCUCUGAAAAAUUUCAACAAAUCAUAUGAAGAAUUAAUUACACAAUUUCAACUGUAUCGAAAACCUAGAAAGAUAGACUCAAAAUCAGAUGACGUUAAACCACCAGAAAGUUCCCAUGAAGAAAAACGCCCAAAGUCAUACGACAUUCCAACAACAGCGGAUUCUUCUACAAUUCAAGACAAUUUCUUUGAACAACGUCUUAUUGAGUCAUGGACAGAAAAAGAUGUUCGAGACUUUUUAACAGAUAAACACCUUGAAGUAAUGAUUCCAUCAUGUAGAAAUAUGAAUGGAUCCCAAUUAUAUCAAAUGUAUAAAUCAUGCGAAAAGAAUAAUUCAGAUAUGUUUAAACAAUUAAACUGCCAAUUAGAAAGAACAAAAAACAAAGUUUUAUCACAUCAUGACUAUUAUCAAUUUUUAAGUGAAUUAAAAGUGUUUGUGCCAGUAAUCACUAGCAAAAAUUCUACUGUUAUCUCGAGUUCCUGUGUUAUAAUAUGA